AUGACAACCCAGCCUGGUGGUUCCCGCCAACCAACUCGGGGGCGACCUCGCAGAACUUCCUUCGGUGCGGGUCAGAGGUCCGACUCACGCGGUUUCGCAGCCUCAUCCAGCGCACACUAUGACACGCGAGACGCGAGCAAUGCCAAACGAUAUCCCUCAGAGUAUGAGGACUGGGAUGUGACCGAUGACGGACGCUCCAUAGAGAGCGAUGGUCCCCGCGAACCUGGGAGUGCCAAGGAUGGCCAGAGCGUACUAAAUCUUAGUCAAGGGCCUCGUCCGCGGCGCACGCGGACCCUGAUGACAUCGCAGCAACUUACCAUUCUUCAUGCCCUGUUGGCUCAGACUCGAUUCCCAACGACAGCUCAACGAGAAGAGGCCGCUCGUCAAACUGUGUUGACCCCGCGAAAAGUUCAAGUUUGGUUCCAGAAUGAAGCUUUGAAAAGAGCACAGAACAUGUAUGCCACUGCACCACUACAAGGAGAUGAUGGGCCUUCUAGCCCGAUGCAGUACGCGCAGGAGGUUCACGCCCCCCACUCAGUAGACUCACGAAGCGGGAUUCAAAUGGCACAUGCACCUGGGAUAUCGUUACAUCAGCGACCCCAUCAAUACUCGUCCCAAUCUCGCUACCACGCUGCUCCGUCUGGUCCUCCAGAUACUCGUGGGGCGGUGGACUCUUCGAGUGCAGAGAAUCGCACAAAGGCAUGGAUGGCACAGCAGCACGACCAGCAUAUUCACCGGCAACAUUUUCAGCAUUUUCAGCAUCAACAGCAACCGCAGCCUGUGUUCCACCGCGACCGUGAAGCUGGUUCGAGACGUGUGGCAACGCCUCCCGCCGCUCCGCGCCAUCACAUCCCGCCGAGGGAGCAUCCCAUCAUCAUCAUCACAUUGGUACAUCUUCGAGCGGUCGCGGUGGGAGCGGUGGAUCUCACUACGUUAUGGACGCUGAUCCCCCGUGGUCGCCCGCGGACAAUCAGCCUUUUGAUGACGCUCCACAAUCCGCAGAAUCUUACCGCCUUCGUUCCAUUCGUUCUUCGGGCCCUCGUCCUGGUGGUAAUCAAGCUUUUCCGGAUGAUCACCCUAAGGAGGAGCUCAGAUUGCCGCCUAUCCUCAACUUUAGCGUUGGUAGACCAACUUCCCCUACCGGGAGAAGUGGGCUCAGCGGAAGAGAUGCGCCUAGGCAGAGACCUGCGAUACCCCCUCCUACAACUCUUGAGCCUGAACCCAUCUGGGAGAGGAAUCCUGCCUACUCAAGCAGUGCAAGAGCUGGUUUGUCAUCAGUUCUGUACGGAGGAGCCGUCCCUCGAUCAGAACAUAGAUCUGCGAGCCCUGCCACGUAUGAACAACGCCCUGAUACACACAAUAUUCCCCACCACGAACGACUUCACGGGUUCCUCUUCAGGGGCUGCUGCGUGCGACAUCCAACUCUCCAGUUCCGGUCGUUCUACCUUCAUCUUCUCGUGGUGGUGGGGGUCGUAG